GCGUGCGCGCGCGCGCGAACACACGCCCGGCUCUGCCCCUCUCGGUGUGUCUUCCUUCAAGAUGACAGGGCGCUGGAGAAAAGGCUGCUGGAAUCAGCUGGUGAAAGCCCAGCCUCUGUGGUUCUUAAUGCCUCAGCAGGAUUAUUUUCAAUAAAGAUGGAAACCCUGGAGUCUGAAUUGACCUGCCCAAUCUGCCUAGAGUUAUUUGAAGAUCCCCUUUUGCUCCCUUGUGCUCAUAGUCUCUGCUUCAGCUGUGCCCACCGCAUCUUGGUCUCCAGCUGCAGCUCUGGUGAAUCCAUUGAACCUAUUACUGCUUUCCAGUGUCCUACAUGCAGAUAUGUUAUCUCACUCAACCACCGGGGCCUGGAUGGCCUCAAGAGGAAUGUGACUCUGCAGAACAUUAUUGACCGCUUUCAGAAGGCUUCAGUCAGUGGGCCCAAUUCCCCAAGUGAGAGCCGCCGGGAGAGGACUUAUAGGCCCAGUACCACCAUGUCUACUGAGAGAAUUGCAUGCCAAUUCUGUGAACAGGACCCACCAAGAGAUGCAGUGAAAACAUGCAUCACCUGUGAGGUCUCCUACUGUGAUCGUUGCCUGAGGGCCACACACCCCAACAAGAAGCCUUUCACCAGCCACCGCCUGGUGGAACCAGUGCCAGACACACAUCUUCGAGGGAUCACCUGCCUGGACCAUGAGAAUGAGAAAGUGAACAUGUAUUGUGUAUCUGAUGACCAAUUGAUCUGUGCCUUAUGCAAACUAGUGGGGCGUCACCGAGACCAUCAGGUUGCGUCCCUGAAUGAUCGAUUUGAGAAACUCAAGCAAACUCUAGAGAUGAACCUCACCAACCUGGUUAAGCGUAACAGCGAACUAGAAAAUCAAAUGGCCAAGCUAAUACAGAUCUGCCAGCAGGUUGAGGUGAAUACUGCUAUGCAUGAGGCAAAACUUAUGGAAGAAUGUGACGAGUUGGUAGAGAUCAUCCAGCAGAGGAAGCAAAUGAUUGCUGUCAAAAUCAAAGAGACAAAGGUUAUGAAACUGAGAAAGUUGGCACAGCAGGUUGCUAAUUGCCGCCAGUGUCUUGAACGGUCAACAGUCCUCAUCAACCAAGCUGAGCAUAUCCUGAAAGAAAAUGACCAAGCACGGUUUCUCCAGUCUGCAAAAAAUAUUGCUGAGAGGGUCGCUAUGGCAACUGCAUCUUCUCAAGUUUUGAUUCCCGACAUCAAUUUUAAUGAUGCCUUUGAAAACUUUGCUUUAGAUUUUUCCAGAGAAAAGAAAUUGCUAGAGGGGCUAGAUUAUUUAACAGCCCCAAACCCACCAUCUAUCCGAGAGGAACUCUGUACUGCCUCCCAUGAUACCAUUACAGUCCACUGGAUCUCGGAUGAUGAGUUCAGCAUCAGCUCCUAUGAGCUUCAGUACACCAUAUUCACUGGCCAGGCUAACUUCAUCAGUAAGUCAUGGUGUAGUUGGGGCCUGUGGCCAGAGAUAAGGAAAUGUAAGGAAGCAGUAAGCUGCUCAAGAUUGGCCGGGGCGCCACGAGGCCUGUAUAAUUCGGUGGAUAGCUGGAUGAUUGUUCCCAACAUUAAGCAGAACCAUUACACAGUGCAUGGACUCCAGAGUGGGACACGCUACAUCUUCAUUGUUAAAGCUAUAAAUCAAGCAGGCAGCCGUAACAGUGAACCUACCCGACUAAAAACAAACAGCCAACCCUUUAAACUGGAUCCCAAAAUGACUCACAAGAAGUUGAAGAUCUCCAAUGAUGGAUUGCAGAUGGAGAAGGAUGAAAGUUCUCUGAAGAAAAGCCAUACUCCAGAGAGGUUUAGUGGCACAGGGUGCUAUGGCGCAGCAGGAAAUAUAUUCAUUGACAGUGGCUGCCACUAUUGGGAGGUAGUCAUGGCUUCCUCAACAUGGUAUGCAAUUGGCAUUGCCUACAAAUCAGCUCCCAAGAAUGAAUGGAUUGGCAAGAAUGCCUCCUCAUGGGUUUUCUCUCGAUGCAAUAGUAACUUCGUUGUGAGACAUAACAACAAGGAAAUGCUGGUGGAUGUGCCCCCACAGUUGAAGCGCCUGGGUGUCCUUCUGGAUUAUGACAACAAUAUGCUGUCUUUCUAUGAUCCAGCUAACUCUCUGCAUCUUCAUACUUUUGAUGUGACCUUUAUUCUUCCAGUUUGUCCAACAUUCACAAUCUGGAACAAAUCCCUAAUGAUCCUGUCUGGCUUGCCUGCCCCAGAUUUUAUUGAUUACCCUGAGCGUCAGGAAUGCAACUGCAGGCCUCAAGAAUCCCCUUAUGUUUCUGGGAUGAAAGCUUGCCAUUAAAAUUUCAAGAAAGCAUAUAAUUCUCUGGCUCUCCACUUCAGCAGUUCUUCCCCUCCUAAACUUCAGUUAGUGUCCAGUAUACAAGAUACCAAAUAAAGUUCAUUUGAAGCAUCCAAAAUAA